AUGGCAGGGUUGAUGAAGAAGUACGGCAUCAUUCACAAGGUGGCUACGGCCUACCAUCCCCAAACAGAUGGCCAAGCCGAAGUCUCCAAUUGGGAAAUCAAGCGCAUAUUGGAGAAAAUUUUGAAGCCUUAUAGGAGGGAUUGGAGUUCUAAGCUUGAAGAUGCGCUAUGGGCCUACUGGACGGCCUACAAGACACCAAUCGGCAUGAGACCGUUUCGGCUAGUCUAUGAAAAGGCUUGCCAUCUUCUGGUGGAGGUAGAGCACAAGGCUUAUUGGGCCGUAAAAGAGUGCAACUCAGGAUUGGGGGGCAGAAUCAAAAGGAAGUUACAGCUAGUAGAAUUGGAGUGCCUUCGAUUGGAAGCUUAUGAGAAUUCAAGGCUCUACAAAGAGAGGAUGAAGGUGGUGCAUGAUAAGCAUAUCAAGAGAAGAGAGUUUAGAGCUGGAGAUCUCAUCCUCCUCUACAACUCUAGAUUGAGGUUGAUGCCAGAAAAGUUAAGAUCAAGGUGGGAAGGACCGUAUAGAGUGGAGAAGGCUGAGCCAUAUGGGGUUUUUCACUGA